GAAAGGAAGUUUAUAAGCAUUUUAAAUAUAUUUCUCAUAAAAACUACUUUCAAGAAAGCCAUGGUGUACAUGAUAUUGUAAAAAGAUAGUUUUACUAUAUUAUGUCUUAAGUACAUAUUUCAAGAAAUUAAAACAAGUUUAGAAUAUAACCUUAUAAAUUACACGAGUUUUUUAACAGAAAUGCUAAAAACAAACAGCUACUCGGGUUUCUGCGACCUUUUUAUAGAUAAAAAAUACGACAUUAAUCAAUUAAAUUAUAUAGAAAAACUGGGAUUCAAUACGAUUGCUAUCAAUACACAUGUCGAAGAAGGAAGCGAUGAACCGAAAAAGAAAAAAAAGAAAAAUGAUCCUAAAGAAAAGAGAGACCCUAUCCCAGCACCUGUAGAAAUACCAGAAGGUGUGAAAAAUACAACUAAACUUAACAUUUUGCAAAGAGUAACUAUUGAGUUCUCAGAUUCUAGUAUAUCUCACAAGUUUAGUCAGUCAGAGAAUUUAAGGAAAUACGACAUUAUAGCCGUUUUGCCAAAAACCCUCCAAGCUUUUCACUAUGCUUGUGGUACACUUGAUGUAGAUAUAAUAACAUUUGAACCACAAACAAGGUUACCUUUUAAAGUAAGUCGUAAAUUAUAUCGACUAGCUGUUGAACGUGGAAUGUUCUUUGAACUUAUAUAUUCACCAGCAAUAAGAGAUUCAUCAUCGAGGAAAAAUAUUAUUUCCACUGCACAUAAUUAUCAUGCUAUUGGUAAAUCAAAAAACAUCAUUGUUACCAGUGGAGCUGAAAAUUGCACUCAAAUAAGAGGUGUUCAUGAUGUUGUUAACCUUGGAUUCGUCUUGGGCUUGAAUAGUAAUCAAAGUUUAGAAGCUAUUAGAAACAAUCCACACAAACUUAUUUUGAAAGCUCAAGGCAGAAGGUGCGGGAAACAUUAUAUGGAGGUUACCUCAGCAGAUACACAAAGUGACAAUAAAAUACCUGAAUUAUAAUGUUUAUUUAUUUUAUACCACUUCAUUUUAAAUAUAUAUUACAUAAUUAUUUGUACAUUGUAUAAGAUCAAUUUUUGCAGCUUAAUAAUAUA